AUGUCGAAAGCAGCUUAUUAUGAAUUAGCUUUUAAGGCUGAUGCAACAGUAGCAGUGAAAUCUUACGUCAGUCAUCUCUUACAAGAUGAUGCUUAUGAGAAGGUUUAUCCAUCAAUUGACAAUCUCGUUCUACACGAUCGUCUUGUUGAAUGUAUACGAGAUAAGAAUAACUGGCCGAAUGCUAAUGCUGUUGGUCAAUCAGCCGAAAGCGUCUUCGAGAAACCUAAUGGUCAACAAAUUGAUUCUUUUCGACGAUAUUUGGCUGUGCGUGAUAGUGCUGAUCAAAUUGAUUUAUAUGUUCAAAUCGCGAAAGGUCGAAAUUUAGGACGUUUUAAAAUGUUAACAAAUGAACAGGAGAUUGCAUUUCUUCUGAUAUCUGGAUUAGAAUGA